UUUUACAUUUCCCUGUCAGUUCAGAAGAGAAAACAAAAACAGGUUGAUGGAAAAGACCAACCUUGAUGCCAGGAGGUCAAAAAAUAUGUCGUGGUACGAUGACCCACGCUCAGCAUACAGACAUAACGCCGAUUACCUCAAACGUUUAUCUAGUCUACGCGAUAACCUGAUCGACCAAGAACAAACAAAUUUAGCUCAUGCCCUUGAAAGACUUCGAGCAAAACAGACAAGAGAGUCAAUGCAAAGUAAAGCAAAGGUUAAAAAUGCGUUUGAAUUUUCGGAGACAAACAACAAAAAGUUUAUAACAACUCUUGAAAAAUUUAAACAGAGUCGACCGAAGAGGUACCCCCCGGAAUUACAUCCAUUAGAAGGAAAGCAGUUGAUUGAACCACAAAGUUCACGUUCUCCACAAUCAAUACCGGAGAAAUCGGGAAGUGCUACAUCGGUAACGAGGUCGUCCGAAGAGAACAUCAUUCGGAAUAAUCUCCAACGUUUGAUUGUGCCAAUAACACCAACAAGCAGUAUACCAAAUAUAGGUAGAAAAUGCCAAAAGUCAAUUCAACAAUUAGUACUAGAGACUUCUCCUUUGCAGAGGAAGAAAACGUGUUUCAGUGCCGAUCAUGCGGAGAAAAAUCCCUUCAAAAAUAUUUAUAAGGGAGCCCGCACUCGAAAAGUUAUGCGUCCGGAUGUGGAUGAUUUAGAUUUAUCUCCACACGCUGUGAAGUUCGAAAAGAUUGGAGAUCACGACAAAAUAAAUAUAGACAAAUUGAAAGAAUAUUAUUGUAUCUAUUAUCUUCCUUCAAAUACGCCUACUGGUCAAGAUGAAUUUGUGUCCGAAGAUGACGAAAACAACGGAAGUGACGUAUCAAAUGGCGAAAAUACAAAGUUUGAUAGUCAAUUAGACAGACAUUUAGAAAGUGAAUUAAAACCAAAUGAAAUGGAUUUGUUAAGCAAUCGAUUCCCUAAUGAACAAUACAGAUACAAAGCAGGAUAUUUUGGUGCAAGUCAAAGAGUACCCGAAAGGAAACCUAUGCUGCAUCCGGUAACCGGAAAAGCUCUUGUGACAAACACCGAAGAUAUCCGGAAACAUAGACUUCGAAAGUUACAUUUAAGUGACGGUGUAAAUAACACUGAAAACGAGGCAAUUUAUGGAAAUGAAGAAAAAGACGGACAUAAUAGAAAACAAAUUGUUGUAGAUAUGCCGUCUUUGGUGUUUAACGCGCCAACUCCAGAGGGAUCUGACCUCGAAACACGGACAGCCUUUUUGUCGAAGGCAUAUAAACAAAAUGAAUUGCGCCAUAGGGAGUUGAAAAAUCUGCUUGACGAUGUAAAAGAACUGAAUAAGCGAACUGAUGAUCUCUCUGAGCAAGUGCCGCCAGAACGACCUCCCGUAUGACGGAUUGUUAUUAAACAAUUGUUAUUAAUUUAUUAAUUUUAGACAUGUAGAUGUAUGUCCUUUAAUUGUUAAAUUAUAUGUCUAUAAAUGAAGUCUUUUUUUCAAGUUAAAGAAUCACAAGGCAGGCUAAUAUUAUAAGCUAGUUGUUUCCCUUGAUGAAUUUAGUAAUUAAUUGCCGUAUCACAAUAGCAAGGACAAGGAACCUUUUACUAGUAAUCUAUGUUCAUUUGCUCGAUGUGUGUACUUAGUAAGGGCUUUUAACAAAAUCCUAGAAUUCUCAUCCAACUUUAUUAACAAUUUGAACGGGGAUAGGGGGAGAGCGAAUGUUGUUUCUUUAGCUAUUGCCAUUUUUUGUAAAGAAAACUAGCAAAAUCUAUAAAAUAUGAUAUAGCAGAAACUAAAAAUACACAUCCUUAAAUUUUUGCACUUUUAUUUACUUGUUUUGUCUAAACAAGUAUCAGUUCUAAACAUGUUUAAGCUAACAAUGUGUUUAUGAUUGUGUUUAGGAUAUAUAUAUAAUUUGAUAUGGAUCAGAAAACAAACAGGGCCGGUGAGAGGAGUAUGAGAAUUUAGGAUUCUAUAUAUUAUAGCCUAACCAAUGCAGAUCGUUUUUCCUUCGUCAUACUUGUAAGAAUAAGAAGCUGGCAAUUUUUCAUUUACUUCCACGUGUACAAACAUCGUUCUGCAUUUACGUUAAUCGAUGGGUUACUUUCCUGUAAGGGUAUACACUACACAUGGAAAUAGCAUUGAAAGUUCUUAAAUAAUUGUACAUGUAUAAUACUAUAAAAAUUGUGCUUAGAAAAUAAACACUUGUAUUAUAAGGAUUGUGUUUAAUAUCUAAACGUGUUUUAGAAUUAAAGUGUUUAGGAAUAAAACACUUAUUUCUAAGCUAAACAGGAUCAUAAACACAAUCAUAAACACAUUGUCAACAUAGACAUGUUUAGAACUGAUACUUGUUUAGAUAAAAACGUGUAAAAAUAAAGUGCACAAAUUUAAAGAUGUGUUUAGGAUCUAAACAGUACAUUCUUGGCUAAAGAUUGAACAAGUAUAAACUUUUUUACUUACCUCUUUUACUUUAUCUUAAUUUUUUACAUAGGGGAAAAUAACAAAAAUAGAUGGUCUUAAACGGUGCAUAGCCAAAAAUGUAUUAAGGUAGACAUGACCAUUUAUGGUAGUAAUGAAAGAAGGAAACAUAACUAUAUUUUAGGGGGGCUUUAAUUGAUGAUAAGAUAUGGGAUCAAUUUCGAUAUAAUAUCAGUAAACGCAAUAGCAGACAAAAAAAUAACAAGGUACGAAAAAUACAACAUGUACACGUGCGUAAAUAAUUUUCAAUGGUAUUUUCAACUUGCUGUAUAAUUAAAUGUAUCUACAAAUUAUAACUUUAGAAUCAGAAUCAUGGACCUUGAAGAAAUUGUGUAUUUUAUUUAAACUUACUUUUAAUGUAUGUACAUGUUCAUGACUGUUGAAUGUAAUGAAUGUUGUGCAGCAGAAUGCGAGACUUUUAUACGCUGUACGCUAAAAGUUUGAAUAAGAACUUUAAAUCAUAA